CACACUACUUUUAGAAAGACACAUAUGAGGACAGUCUUGUGCUUCAGGUGUCCAGUAGCCAAUCCUAGGCUUUCUUCGGCAGGCGUGCAGAACCACAGCCUUCGGCGCUAGGAUCCAGAAGGCAGGGCUUUGAUUUCCCAACUAAUUCCUCUGGCAAAACACGAAACGCUCAUAUGCACAACUUCCUGGUUAGAGAAGCGGACCGCGCUGAAUGUGAUCGCAGACUGACUUUUUAGAUGCGCGAGAGCGAGGCGCCGCACACAAGAGGAACUGAACGAGCGCGAGCGUCUGAAAGUGCGUCCGGUUGGGAUUAAUUUGAGAAUGCAAAGAGAAUGUAAAGGACGCCUCGGAGAGCAAGAAGUGUGUGCGGAUUGUGGGCAGUCCGAAAUGUCCCACGAAACAGGCACACGAUUUGUCGCCGGUCAUUGAAAUCGCCUCGAUCACUUGUCAUUAUUUUGGUUAGUCAAGUUAGCGUGUUUCCUUCAUUGACGCUCAAUUUGAUCCGCCGUUCCGUGUCGCUCUAAUCGCGCGUUUGGACAUGUGGAGACUGCAAGGAUCGUGUCGUGUGGGGAUGUUGUGUUUGACUUUAUCAGCCCUUCUCAUCCAACCCAUCAGCUGUCAUCCCGCUUCUCAUGUGGAAACAGAGCAUCGUGGGAGCUCAGCCACUCAAAGAGAGCGGAGGGCAUCUGGGGAACCCUAUUGGGCGUAUUCAGGCACCUACGGACCACGAAGGUGGCCCUCUGCUUAUCCAGAAUGCGGGGAAAGGAAUCAGUCUCCCGUGGAUAUCCCAGAUCAAGACACCCAGGUUUCUCAAGAGUGCCAGGAGCUGACCUUGGAUGGCUUUGAAAACAAGUCGUCAAACAGGACCACCAUGAAGAACACAGGCAAAACAGUGUCUAUUGUUCUGAAGAAUGAUUACUUUGUGAGAGGGGCCGGCCUACCUGGACGCUUCAAAGCAGAAAAAGUGGAGUUUCACUGGGGCAGCACAAAUGGAUCAGCUGGUUCUGAGCACAGUAUCAAUGGAAAGAAGUUUCCAGUAGAGAUGCAGAUUUAUUUCUACAAUUCAGAUGAUUUUGACAGUCUGAGCACCGCGAUAAAGGAGAGACGAAUCAUCGCCGCCUUGGCUGUCUUCUUUCAGGUGGCGAAGAAAGACAACAUUGCAGCUGAGCCCAUCAUCACAGGUCUCAAACGAGUAGUCCAUCACGAGAAGGAAACAAACCUUGGUCCAUUCAUACUGAGGGAUCUGCUGCCAUCAUCUUUGGAAAGUUAUUACCGCUACACCGGCUCGCUCACGACACCUCCCUGCAGUAAAGUCGUGGAGUGGAUCAUCUUCAGUCGACCUGUUUACCUCUCCUACCACCAGCUGGAGGCGUUCUACUCCAUCUUCACCACAGAGCAGCAGGAUCAUGUGAAGUCCGUGGAUUACCUGAGGAAUAACCAUCGGCCCACUCAGGAUCUCGACAGCCGGCAGAUCUUCAAAUCGGCUCUGAUGGAUGCUUGGAUGCCCGACCUCAUGACAGACAGCAUGGCCAGCGCUGCAGACUCAGAAACUUCUCGAGGUAUGAUGGCUUCCUUCCCAAAUCAGAGGGCGGUCAUCACACUCGUGUCUCCAGAUGUCCUGUAUCUGUUCAGAGUGCAAGCUGUAUGUCAGAGAGACCAGCGCAGUGACUUCAGCCAAACACUUUUAUUCAAAGCAAACACCACAAGGAUAUUUGAGGGCACAAGGAUUGUGAAAACUGGAAUGCCCACAGUUUCCCCCGCCUCUUCGGCAGACAUGGCCCCUAUAAGCUCAGGCUCCUCUACCUGGACGUCCGCCGGCCUCCCCUUUUCCUUCGUCUCCAUGGCAACGGGAAUGGGGCCUCCAUCCAGUGGAGGACAAGCCACUGUAGCAUCUGUGGUGACCAGCACUCUGUUGGCAGGACUGGGUUUCAGUGGCAGUGUGAUUUCUUCCCUGCCAGGAUCAUUUUGGCCAACCCACUCUACAAACUCAGGCCCCACACCCACUCAACAUCCAGCCACUCCCACUGCCGAAAGCACUCCAUCUGACAGCAACAUCCUGACCUCUGAGGACAGCAUUGAAGCAAAUAACAAACAGGAAGAUGACCGUGAAAGAGAGGAGAAAGAGGAGGAAGAAGAAGAAGAGGAGGAGGAGGAAGAGGAACAGGGAGAAGAGGAGAAGAAAAAAAAGGGGAAAGAUGUGACAGUCAAGGACAAAAAGCAGGACAAGACGGUGCCACGAAAACCACCUGCCCCUGUCCCAACUACAAAACACAGGGAGCCGGGUCGAGAGAGGGCCGAUGUUAACACUGAGAAUUCCACAUUGGCCCCUAGAAUAGUGGAAGAGCAGGUGCCUCGUUCCACAGAGAGGCCUUCUGGUGAGGAUUCAUCAAAAACAACAUGGCUGGAGGAUAAUGACACUGCAGAUAUGCAGCUUCCCUCCAGCUCGACAGAGACCACCAAACUCACCAAUGAGGAGAAGGCACACUGGCCGUACUACAUUCACACAGAGAGGAACAGCAUAUCCACUGUCACCCGGGACCUGGUGUCAGCAUCCAGCCGGAUGGAGUGGAUCAUCCCCCUGAUGGUGGUCUCUGCCCUCACGCUGCUCUGUCUGAUCAUGCUGCUGGCUGUCCUGGUCUACUGGAGGAGAUUCUUCCAGACUGCACAUUUGUAUAUUGAAGACAGGAACUCCCCCAGAGUGAUCCACAAUGACAGUUUCCCCAUCCUGUCUACAGCGGAUGACCUGGAGGCUGUUUCAGUCAGGCAGUUCAUCAAACACAUCAUGGAGCAGUACUCCAACAACCAACAUGGCUUUUCUCAGGAGUUCGAUGAGGUUCAACACUGCACAUCUGAAAUGAAGAUUACAGCAGAACGUUCAAACCAACCAGACAACAAGCACAAAAACAGAUACAUCAACAUUGUUGCCUAUGACCACAGCAGAGUGAAGUUGCAGCAACUGUCUGGGAAAGACUCCAAGCACAGUGAUUACAUCAAUGCCAACUAUGUAGACGGUUAUAAAAGACCCAGGGCUUAUAUAGCAGCUCAGGGCCCUCUGAAGUCCACAUUUGAGGACUUUUGGAGAAUGAUUUGGGAACAGAACACCACUGUGAUUGUCAUGAUCACCAACUUGGUGGAGAAAGGCAGGAGAAAAUGCGAUCAGUAUUGGCCAUCAGAGAACAGCGAGGUUUAUGGGAACAUAAUGGUGACUCUGAAGAGCACUAAAGUUUAUGCUUACUACACACUCCGCCAUUUCAUCAUGCGCAACACCAAACUGAAAAAGGGUCAGAAGGGAAGGCAUAACGAACGGCUGGUUGUCCAGUACCAUUACACACAGUGGCCAGACAUGGGCGUACCCGAGUAUACACUACCAGUCCUCAAAUUCAUCUCUCGAUCUUCAGCAGCCCGUACGCCAGGCACAGGCCCUGUUCUAGUUCACUGCAGUGCUGGAGUUGGCAGAACAGGCACAUACAUAGUCAUAGACAGCAUGCUGCAGCAGAUAAAGGACAACGGCACUGUCAACGUCCUAGGAUACCUCAAGCACAUCCGAGCUCAGCGCAACUACUUGGUCCAGACUGAGGAGCAGUUUAUCUUUAUCCAUGAUGCAUUAAUGGAAGCUGUGCUUGGCAAAGACACCGAGGUGCCUGUCUGGCAACUCCAUAGUUAUGUCAACAGCAUUCUCACCUCGAGCCCCACAGGACAAACACGCAUGGACAAACAAUUUAAGUUGUUGACGCAAUGCAAUUCUCACCUCACUGAGUGUUUCAGUGCCCAGAAAGACUGCAACAAAGAGAAGAACCGCACCUCGUCGGUCUUGCCAAUGGAACGGGCUCGGGUGGCACUAGCUCCCCUCCCAGGAGUAAAAGGAACCGACUACAUCAAUGCCGCCUACAUUAUGGGCUAUUACAGGAGCAACGAGUUCAUCAUUACCCAGCAUCCUCUGCCCCACACAACCACAGACUUCUGGAGGAUGAUCUGGGAUCAUAAUGCUCAAGUUAUUGUGAUGUUGCCAGACAACCUCGGCCUUACUGAGGAUGAAUUUGUGUACUGGCCCAGCAGAGAGGAGCCCAUGAACUGCGUAGCUUUCACUGUCACCCUCAUUAAUACUGACAGACUCUGCUUAUCUAAUGAGGAGCAACUCAUCAUCCACGACUUCAUCCUAGAAGCCACACAGGAUGACUAUGUGCUAGAAGUCCGACAUUUUCAAUGUCCAAACUGGCCAGAUCCUGAUGCAUCCAUCAGCAGCACAUUUGAGCUCAUCAACAUCAUCAAAGAAGAGGCUAUGGCAAGGGAUGGUCCCACCAUCGUGCAUGAUGAGUUUGGCGCCAUCUCUGCCGGGAUGUUCUGUGCUCUGACCACACUUUCCCAACAACUGGAGAACGAGAGUGCUGUGGAUGUCUAUCAAGUGGCCAAAAUGAUUAACCUCAUGAGGCCUGGCGUCUUCACUGAAAUUGAGCACUAUCACAACCUUUACAAGGCUAUGCUCAGCCUUGUCAGCAGUAAAGACUUCAGACUUGGCUUCAACUACAUGGACAAAAUUGCUGGGAUAGUGGUAACAGAUGAAUCCAACCAGGCUGAGAGCAUGGAGUCCUUGGUGUGAAGUUUUCGGGAAAAUGAGAUGGAACAAAGUGGUUCCUUGAACUUUCCAUGAGGCCUUUUUUCCCAGACUCUUGGUGAAAU